AUGGAAGGCUCCACCGGCGGGGUUCGGAUCGUGUCCAGGCGUCUCGUCCGGCCAGAGCAGGCCGCGGGCUCGCCGGACGACAGCGCGCCGUCGGAGCCGGAGACCAUCCACUUGACACCGUGGGAUCUCCGCAUGAUCACGGUGGACUACAUCCAGAAGGGACUGCUCCUGCCCAAGCCACGGACAGCAGGAGGAGGAGCACAGCUCGUGGACAACCUCGCUUCGUCCUUGGCGCGCGCCCUGGCCCGCUUCUACCCGCUGGCCGGCCGCCUCGCCGUCACCGCCACGGAUGAUGCCACUGGAGAUCCGAGCAUCGUCGUCUCGCUCCGCUGCAACGGCGAAGGCGCCGAGUUCGUCCGCGCCGAGGCGCCGGGGGUCACCGUCAGCGACAUUAUCGCGUCCGGCCCCGGCUAUUACAUCCCAAGCUCGGUGGUGUGGUCGUUCUUCCCGCUGAACGGCCUGCUUGGCACGGACGCCGCCUUGGACGACGACGACGGCUCCCGCCUCGCCGUGCUAGCAGCUCAGGUCACCGAGCUCGCUGACGGCGUCUUCGUCGCCAUGUCGCUCAACCACGCCGUCGCCGACGGGACCACGUUCUGGCACCUGUUCAACACCUGGUCGGAGAUCAGCCGGACGAGGGACGGCUGUGAGCUUUCCACGCCGCGGCCGGUGCUGGACAGGUGGUUCCUCGAGACCAGCCCGGUGCCCAUCGCUCUGCCCUUCGGCAAGCUGGAGGACAUCGUCCGGCGGCCCGUGUACCUGCCGGUGCGGGAGUGUUUCUUCGACUUCUCAGCCGAGAGUGUGAAGAAGCUAAAGGAGAAAGCGAACGCCGAGAUGGCCGGCACGGCGACGGCGACGGCGACGGCCACGGUGUCGUCUCUGCAGUCCCUGCUCGCGCACCUGUGGCGAGCGUCGUGUCGGGCCCGGGAGCUCGCGCCGGACCGGGAGACCACGUACAUCCUCCUCGUCGGGUGCCGGGCACGGGUGAAGGGGAUUCCACAAGAGUACAUGGGCAAUGCCGUGACGGCCGCCAUGGCCAGGUCGACGGCCGGCGACGUGGUGAGCAAGGGGCUGGGGUGGGCGGCGUGGCUCCUGAACCGCGCCGUGGCGGCGUUCGACGAGGCGAGCGUGAGGGACGACCUCGCGUCGUGGCCGCGGGAUCCCAGGUUCGUCUACGUGGCGAAGCCUACCAGGGAGGAGGACCCCGCGACGGUCAUCACCGGGAGCUCGCCGCGGUUCGACGUCUACGGCAACGACUUCGGCUGGGGCCGGCCGGUGGCCGUCCGCAGCGGCGCAGGGAACAAGACGGACGGGAAGGUGACCGUGUACGAGGGGCGCGACGGCGGGGGAAGCAUGGCGCUGGAGGUGUGUCUGGCGCCCAAGGCGCUCGCCAGGCUCGUUGCCGACGAGGAGUUCAUGGAGGCGGUGAGCGCCGCCGUGGCGUGA